GUCUUUGAGGGCGGGUUUCAUUCGCGAGUCUGUCCCCGCCAAGUAUAUCUGGCCGCCUUACGGCCCUGCUGUCAGAGAAUAUCAACGUCAUUUGUGGUCCACCUACCUGUCAUAGAGUAUUUCCCACCCAGUACACGGCAGGUCUGAGAGAGGCUCUGCGCUAAUCAUGUGUCAUAUCAGAGAAACCAUCGAGGUCCUUCCGGGGGGGAUUAGGCGCAUCGAGCGGAAGGUGAAGCGCUGCCCCCGAAGCUGGAUCAGACUGUGUCGUGAAACAACCCAGACCAGUAUCGAACGAGACUGUCGCGGAGUAUCAGUAAACAUGAACAUGAGGGGCCUGGAUGACCUGCACGGUAUGCCUAGGCCACUGACCCGCAGACGUAGUGGAAGCUUCAAAUUUCGGUUUCCCUUUCUCAGACGGCAGCCGGACUCGUCGGAGGAUGAACCGAAACGGACGCAGCCACCCCGGCGGCCGCGCGGCCGGCCAUCGCCCGUCGUGGUCGACCCGCCCCGUCGCCCUAAGCCCCGGCUGGUGUCGCCCAUGCGACCCAUGACUUCGCACAGAUCGACGCCCUCGCGAUCACCCCCCGCGAUUCGAUUUGCCGCUCCACGUCAAAGCGGACGAGCUCUGCGCGAGGAACCCAUGCCUCGAGGGCGGCCUCGACCCGCCACACCGUCACCAGUGGGACUUCCCUCACGCCCUCCCAAACGGAAACGGCUGACCCAAGUGUUGAAGCAGAUCUUCGUCACCCAACCAAGACAGCCCACAUCUCCAAUCGCGAUGGAUCCGCAAGUGGUACAUCGCCCGAACCCUGCGCAUAAUCAUCGUCUGACACGUGCAAUCAAACAGGUAUUCCGGCCUCGUUCCCGCUCUCAACCCGCCCGAUUGACAGUAGAGGUGGAGACUCGCCAGCCCCGGGCUGAGGCGGCAAGAGUGAUCUCACCCCGGGCCGUUCCACCCAUCCCCCCGCGACGGACCCGGCCCCCGCGCCCGCGCUCCCCCGUGACGGAACGGGAGCCCAUCCGGAAGACGCGCUCCCCCGUGACGGAGCGGGAGCCCAUCCGCAAGACGCGCUCCACGCCGGGGAUGCCGCACCUCCGGACUACGUCGCCGCAACAGAGUAGUCGGAGCAUCACCCCGACGCGCCACGUGCACUUCGCCGAGAACCUGGAGCAGGUCCCGCCCAGCUCGAGCGAGAACAGCCCGGUGGAGGACACGACGACCGGCGAAUCCAGCGACGACAGCCCCACGCGUCGCAUCCCGACGCGCCCCCCACCCAGCAGAAUCCCCAUCCGCCCGAUGAACCGCCGCAGUCGCUCCUUGGACACCCAUUCCAUCCGUAGCCGCAUGUCCCCCCGAGAGCCGGCCCGUCCCCGCACGGCAUCGCCGUAUCCCACGCGACUUGACUCACGGGCUCGACCCCCGCCAACGACGCCCCGGUCGCACACGCUGCAGCAGGCACGACCUCGCAUUAUUCAGGAGGGGACGCGGGAUCUGCGGGAGCGAGGAUCGCGGUUGUUGGAGACCUCGUUUGCGCGGCGGAGCGAUGAGGCUGUGAGGAGUGCGGGCCCGACGCGUCGACGGGCCCGACCGCGCACGCGGGUCUCGAUGAAUGAUUAUUGGGCGAUGUUUCCGGGCGAUGAGCGGAUUGCGGACGAGGACGAUCGGAGUGGAGGGUCGAGGUUGGGACGAUGGCGGUAGUUGGGUCGUGCAGGUGUUAUGUUGAGUGUGUGUCUUUCAUUCAGUCUCCUAUGUUGUGUUCUUUGUCUUUGUGCGAUGGUUGGAAUCUCGGAGGAAGGGCGGGCGACGGCGACUGGGACGACCCCGCAUGUGACCCCGCACGUGAUGGGGUUACCUCGGCAGCGGCUCAGCGGCUCAGCGGCUACAGGCGGGCGG